AUGAAACUCCCCGUCCUGAAGAAUCCCCUCCUGAAGGACACCAAACUGAAGAACCCCCUCAUGAACCCCCUCUUGAAACUCCCCCUGCUGAAGAACCCCCUCCUGAAGGACACCAAACUGAAGAACCCCCUCAUGAACCCCCUCAUGAAACUCCCCCUGCUGAAGAACCCCCUCCUGAAGGACCCCCUCCUCAAGAAUCCCCAUCAUGAAGAACACCCUCCUGAAGGACACCCUCCUGAAGAACCCCCUCCCGAAGGACACCCUCCCGAAGAACCCCCUCCUGAAGAACCCCCUCCUGAAGGACAUCCUCCUCAUGUGCUUCUAGGUAGUCGAGAACCCCUGAUGUAUAGUAGCUAUGUACUCAACACUGUUCACAUUGCCCUUCGGUAG